AAAAAAGGGAGGGGAGUCUGCGCCUGCGCUGUAUGUUGGUUUCGUCCCGUUUCGAUCUCAGUCAAAAUUACGCCAUCGUUAGUUGUGUUUUGAUUGAGAAAAUUCGCCGUGUUUAACCAUUAUACUCCGAGAGAAAUAAUUUUUCUGCGAGACAGCGUCAUCAGGCAUCAUGUUGGCUGCAAGGGCCUGUUUUCUCCGUUCUCCGUUCACCCGACAGACUUUGGUUUCCAAAGUUCAGGCUCCAAACCAAGGAAUAUCUCGAUACUUUGGAAAUGAGGCCCGUGCACGAACAAGGACUAGGGUUCGUGUAGCAGAAAUUCCUGUGGCCAAGAAAGUCCCAACCUACACCCCAUUUAUAGUUGGCAAAGGAGCUAUCGCUGGAGCUUCAGUUGUAGGCUUGGGUGCCUUGGCUUAUUAUGGUCUCGGCCUGUCCUCUCAGGCUGGAGUGGUUGAACAGUCACUUUUGUGGCCCCAGUAUGUCCGAGAACGAGUCCGAGACACAUACUUGUUUGUGGCUGGUUCACUUGGUGUUACUGCUGCAUCUACAGUUGCUAUCUAUAGAUCACCGACCAUUCUGAGGUUCUUCAAUGCCCAGGGCCUUAUGGGUAUGAUUCUGCCUAUGGUUGCGGUGAUUGCUGCUGGGACUGCCUUACAUUCAAUACCAUACCAACCUGGUUUUGGAGCCAAACACAUGAUGUGGAUGGUGCACAGUAGCUUAGUUGGUGGACUGAUUGCUCCUUUGAUGAUGUUGGGUGGUCCCAUUCUUCUCCGGGCAGCUAUUAUGACUGCUGGUGUCGUAGGAGGUCUCUCAACAGUAGCUGUCUGUGCACCCAGUGAUAAGUUUUUGAAUAUGGGUGCACCUUUGGGUAUUGGCUUUGGAGUUGUCUUUGCCUCAUGCUUAGGGAGCAUGUUUAUGCCACCUACAUCUUUGGCUGGAGCAAGUUUGCACUCAAUUGCUUUAUAUGGUGGAGUACUACUCUUUUCAAUGAUGCUUCUAUAUCAAACCCAGUCCCUCAUGAAGAAUGCUCAGGGAGUUCCCUACUAUGUGCAGUUUGACCCCAUUGAUUCGAGCACUGGCAUUUACAUGUCAAUUAUGAACCUUUUCAUUAGAUUUGUUCAGAUGACCGCCAUGAAUAAGAGAAAGUAAAUGGUUUCCAAGAGCAUCUCCACACUACUACUCAGCCUCACCCUAUUCUGUUGUUUUUCCACAUGUUAUUGAAAACCAUUUUAGACACUGCAUAUCCAAAUCUUGCUUUUGUUUCUGCGGUAUUUAUUGUCUAGUUGUCUAUAAUUGGAGAUUGGGGUAAUAGAUGCGUGAGUGAAGUUACUUUUUCUCUUUUGACUGAAUAUGUGAUAAUUCUGUACCUAUAGUUUUAAAGAUUUCUUAAAGAUGAAGUAUGUGAGACCCAUUAUUAGUUCAUCUGAACUGGAAUUCAUACCUGUUAUUGAAAGAUUUGUUCUAGGAAAAAGUUUCUUUUUUCUUUCAAAAACAGUCUUUAUUAGACUUGCUUCUAAAUUACAAUUUUAGCAGUAUACUUAAAGAAAUUUCUUGUAAAUUGGGCAGCUAGGUAUGUUUAUUCUUCACUUGGACUGUAAGAAGGUAAUGGCUGGCAAGUACCAUUAAUACAGCUAGUACUCUCUAUGCAACGUGCAGAUUGUGGUACUCCUCUCAGGACCACACAGCCUCCACCAGCAGCUGUCAAAAAAAAUACCAAAAAGGGUUAAUUCUUUUCAAUCUAAUAAAGCUUUAUCAGUUAA